UUGACCGCCUACUCUUUGGGGCUAAAUAAAAACCUGAGCAACCUCUCUUCAUCUCACACCAUUUGUUCUCGCUCUCAAAACUGAAUCUGAAGUUGAGGCUGAGGGAAAAUGGCCCAUUACUAUGGCGACUAUGGAAAGAAUGAUGAAGUGGAAUUUGUCAGAACUGGCUAUGGGAAGGACAUGGUCAAGGUUCUCCAUAUUCAGAGGGAUGGAAAAUACCACAGCAUCAAAGAGGUGGCGACUUCAGUGCAGCUGACCCUGAGAUCCAAGAAGGAUUACCUCCACGGUGACAACUCUGACAUCAUUCCAACAGACACCAUCAAGAACACAGUGCAUGUCCUGGCGAAGCUCAAAGGGAUAAAAAGCAUAGAGACCUUUGCUAUGAACAUCUGCGAGCACUUCCUUUCUUCUUUUAACCAUGUCACCAGAGCCCAUGUCUACGUGGAAGAGGCCCCCUGGAAACGCUUUGAGAAGAACGGAGUCAAGCACGUCCAUGCCUUCAUCCACACCCCUACCGGAACACACUUCUGUGAAGUGGAGCAGAUGAGGAACGGACCUCCAGUCAUUCACUCUGGAAUCAAGGACCUCAAGGUCUUGAAAACAACCCAGUCCGGAUUUGAAGGGUUCCUUAAGGACCAGUUCACCACUCUCCCAGAGGUGAAGGACCGCUGCUUUGCCACGCAAGUGUACUGCAAGUGGCGCUACCAGAGGCGGGAUGUGGACUUCGAGGCUGUCUGGGGCACUGUCCGGGACAUAGUCCUGAAGAAGUUUGCUGGGCCCCAUGACAAAGGCGAAUACUCACCAUCGGUGCAGAAGACCCUCUAUGACAUACAAGUGCUGUCCCUGAACCAGGUGCCUGAGAUCGAAGAUAUGGAGAUCAGUCUGCCAAACAUUCACUACUUUAACAUCGACAUGUCCAAAAUGGGGCUGAUCAACAAGGAAGAGGUUUUGCUGCCUCUCGACAAUCCCUACGGCAAAAUUACUGGGACAGUCAAGAGGAAGCUGUCUUCAAGGCUGUGACAUUAUGGCUCCACUCAGCUGUACUGCUGGAGAGUACUGUGCGGUUACCUGCAAAAGAUUUCAACUUGGGAUACUGAUUGCUUCCUUCCAUAUGAAUCAUUGCUUUCUUUGUUCCUAGUUCAACAAGGCAUUUUGGGGAUCCCUGCAUUAGCAGGUCCAACAUGCUCUAUGGCUUUGGGCAGUUCAUUAAAAAUUACUGGGCAAUGUUAGAAUCACAGUGAGAUUUCUCCUUGGUGCUCUUGCAUCCCCUGCCUUAGAAUCAGUCUUUUGAAUUAGACCAUAAGAAAAUAAUGAUGAAGUAGUGUUGCUGCUACAUUGAUUAAUUUGAACACAAGUUUAAGAAGCAAACACUGUUGUCAUCUUAGUGAUAAGUCUGGAUAGUGCUGAAAAUAUAACAAAACCUUGAAAAAAAAUCACCAUAGUGACUUCAACUGAUGGAGUGUUUGUGUUUUUAAAAAGCCCUGGCAUUUAGACAAUAGCUCAGUGCAGAGGAGAGAAAGUGGGCCUGCAACUCCAACCCUAGCUGAGGAGUUACUGGCAUUUGAUCGCUGCUGGGAGAGAGGGAAAGUCAGUUUUGUUUAAGAGUGUGGCCCCUAGUAUGUCAAUCAUACUGUAGGGCAGCAGCCUCCACGCCCAGACCUAGUCAGCUUAACUGCCUUCAGUGGGACAGAGAGAAAGAGCACGCAGUUUGGUGAGUGAGGAAGACCUGGGAAGACCUGGGAUGUGAGGCGAAUAUGAUCAAAAUAAAUUGUAUAAAAUUAUCAAAUAAAUAAAAACAUUAUUUAAAAAAUUAAACAUAGCACUUUUAGGUUCCUCUAUCAGUUAGCAUGAACAAAGACAAGAACAUUUCUUAGUGUCUUCUAAAUAAAAACCUUUGGCAUAUAUCAUUGAUUUAUAUCUAGCCUAAUAAUGCUUUUAUGGCCUUAUGAUACUGCUUUUAUGAUUUUUACAACUCUUGGAGAAUACUUAGUACAUACUAGGACAUUAAACUAAGUAUAUGUUGUUAUUCCUUGAAUAAUGUGUGUUCUUCUGGUGUAAAGAGCCACUUUUUAAUAAGUGAUGAGCCACUUAUUAGAUAGACAGAUGACUAUGUACAUGGACAGAAGGCUAUACCACACUUCUCUGAAUUACCAGAACAAAGACUUCUGGACAACAGGAUCUAGGAAUGACAGUUAUUUUGGAUCAUGUGCUUUCCUGACUCUUCUAAUUGUGAAUACCCAAAUGCUUUCAUGAUCAGAGGAAUAUAAUCAUAACUGAUGAAAAUGGAUACAGACUUGAGGGGUGAUUAGGUGUAUAUCAUCUCCCGACAUUAUUCUUUGCAUAUACUCUACGAAACUUAAAAAUGACAAUUUUAGCAAAUGUUCUUGUUGUGUACUUGAGCAUCCUUUGGAUAUAUGCCUAGGAGUGGUAUAGCUAGAUCUUGAGGAAGCGCUAUUCCUAAUUGUCUGAGAAAGAGCCAGAUUGAUUUCCAAAGUCACUGUACAAGUUUACAUUCCCAUCAGCAAUGGAGGGUUCUCCUUUCUCCACAUCCUCUCCAGCAUGUUUUGUCACUUGAGUUUUUGAUCUUAGCCAUUCUGAUGGGCAUAAGGUGAAAUCUCGGGGUUGUCUUGAUUUGUAUUUCCCUGAUGACUGAGGAUGUUGAGCAUUUCUUUAACAGGGGCUGUCUCUGACACGAAUUCAGUGGCUGGCUCUUUGAUCACCUCUCCCUGGGGGAAUUCAGUCUUGCCAGGCCACAGAGGAAGACAUUGCAGCCAGUCCUGAUGAGACCUGAUAAGCUAGGAUCAGAUGGAAGGGGAGAGGACCUCCCCUAUCAGUGUACUUGGAGAGUGGCAUGGGAGGAGAUGAGGGAGGGAGGAUGGGAUUGGGAGGGAAUGAGGAAGGGGGCUACAGCUGGUAUACAAAAUGAAUAAACUGUAAUUAAUAUAAAAAAUAAAAAAUUAAUUUAAAAGUGACAACUUUAAUUAAAAUCUGUGUAUAUGAACAACCCACUAACUUUCCUAUGCUUUUAAAUGCUCCCUAUAUUUGUAACCUUUAUUUUAAAUUUUACUUUAUGUGCAUGAAUGUUUUGCCUGAAUGUAUCUCUAUGUAUACUUGAUGACCAGAAAGAGGCAUUGGAUCCACAGGAUUGGUGUUAUAGACAGUUGUGAAUUGCUAUGUAAUUGAACUCUGGUCCUCUGGAAGAGUAUCCAGUGUUCUUUGCCACUGAGCCAUCUCUCCAGUCCUCCUUUACUUUUACAAUGAUAAAACCUACACUGUCCUAUAAAUGUUUACAUAUGGCUCUUAGUAUUGAUAAGUUGUCUCAUUCACCUUUAUUCUAAUUCUGUCUUAGGUGCCGUUUGCACUAUAAAGAACUACUUGAGGUAAUUAA